ACCACUAGUGCAGCAGAAACAUCUACAGCAACAGAGCCCUCCACAUUCACAACAGCUCCUGCUGAAACAUCCACCACUAGUGCAGCAGAAACAUCUACAACAACAGAGCCCUCCACAAUCACAACAACUCCUGCAGAAACAUCUAUCACUAGUACAGCAGAAACAUCUACAACAACAGAGACUUCCACAUUCACAACAGCUCCUGCUGAAACAUCUACCACUAGUGCAGCAGAAACAUCUACAAAAACAGAGCCCUCCACAAUCACAACAGCUCCUGCUGAAACAUCUACCACUAGUGCAGCAGAAACAUCUACAACAACAGAUCUCCCCACAUUCACAACAGCUCCUGCUGAAACAUCUACCACUAGUGCAGCAGAAACAUCUACAGCAACAGAGCCCUCCACAUUCACAACAGCUCCUGCUGAAACAUCCACCACUAGUGCAGCAGAAACAUCUACAACAACA